AUGGUGCUCUUGACGAUGACGCCGUCCAUUGUGGACGCGCUGAAGCUGCUGGGCGAGCAGCGCAAAGACGACGAGCCCGACAACGAUGCGAGUCAGAAUCAGCCCGAAGCCGAAUCAUCGACAGAGCUAGCAGUGGGCAAUCCCAUCUCCCACAGCGAUAUAAUCGGCCUUAUCAAGAAGCUCGGUGCUUCACAGUCAUCACCACCCAAAUACAGCCUGGAGCAGCUUCUCCAGGGAUCUCGCGUCUAUAUCCCACCACCACCUCCAAAACCUGAACCGUCUGAAGAAUUCAAGGCCCUCAUGGCCCGUCUUCGCCGCGAAGAAGAUGCCCGGGCCUACGAACGCAUGAUCAACCCGCCGCCUCCGCUCGAGACGUUCCAGCACCGGUUCCCCAAUGCCGCCCACGCCUUUGCCGAGGCCAACCGGCCCUCCAACUCGGAGGAUCUGGGCGACGACGAGGUUACAUACAAUGAGAUUCAUCGCCAAGUGAUGCUGAUAAUCAAUUUUCUCGUCAGCGUAGCUGGAGUUGCGGUUACACUCUGGAUUGCCGGCCGCUGGUGGAGUCUGUCGUCUCGAAUAUUCCUGUCUCUUGGCGGGAGCAUACUGGUUGCCAUUGCAGAAGUAGCAGUUUAUUCAAGCUACGUGUGGAGGAUGGGCGAGGCGAAGAGCAAGCAAGGCGCGGUCAAGGAGAUUAAGGAAGUUGUCCAGACGUGGAUUGUGGGACAAGGAGAGGGCGACGACAAGAGUGUCUUGCUAGAAAGCAAGGACGAAGGGGACGAGCAAGUCAGGAGGAGGAUCCCGACAACCCAAACAAAUAAUCCAGACUCGUGA